AUGGCGUCCAUCCAGCCGCAGAUUCCAAAGUUAUCUAAGGAUAACUAUGAAAACUGGUGCAUCCAGAUGAAGGCUUUGUUCGGAUCCCAAGAUCUAUGGGAUAUCGUCAGUGAUGGGUAUGUAGAACCCACAACGGAAGAAGAAGCUCUCUAUACCGCUGAUCAAAGGGCGGUCCUCAAAGAUCAAAGAAAGAAGGACAAGAAGGCUCUAUUUCUUGUCUAUCAAGGGUUGGAUGAGUCCACCUUUGAACGGAUCGCUGAAGCGACAACAUGCAAGCAAGCAUGGGAGAUUCUUAGCACAAUCUUCAAAGGAGUUGAUCGUGUGAAGAAGGUUCGUCUCCAAACUUUUAGAGCCGAAUUCGAGACCUCACACAUGAAGGAAGGUGAGACCAUUUCUGAUUUUUUUUCAAGGUUACUUGUUAUUGUUAACAACUUGAAAAGAAAUGGUGAAAAGAUCAAAGAGGUACGGGUUGUUGAAAAAGUACUUCGAUCUCUCGUAACCAAAUUUGAGUAUGUAGUUGUUGCCAUAGAAGAAUCAAAUGACUUGGAAAAUCUGUCCAUUGAAGAAUUGAUGGGCUCGUUGCAAGUACACGAGCAACGAAUGCAAAAGAACGCGAGUUCAAUGCUUGAAAAUGCCUUAGAGUCUAAGUUGACUCUAAAUAAUGGUCCUACACAAUGA